AUGACGUCGCCACCCGAUAUCGACCCAUAUGUGGUGCUGGGGGUUUCCAAGGAAGCCUCCGUCACCGAGAUCCGGGCCGCCCAUCGCAAACGGGUCCUGAAGUGCCAUCCCGACAAGAUUCAAGAUGAGUCGCAGCGAAAUGCCGCCCAAGAUGAGUUUCAGCGAGUGCAGCAGGCCUAUGAACUCCUGUCCGACGAAACACGACGAACCCGCUACGACCAGAAGGCGAAGCUGGCAGAGCUCAAGCGCGAAAUCCUGGAGCAACGCAGACGGACGAACGAGUCCUCAACGUAUCCAUUCCCACGGGGCAGUGGAAGCGGAGGUCCCCGUGAGGUGCGGGAGGGUCGCGUUUUUGAGGAACGGGUGCCGGUGGAUGCCUUCUUGGAUGAGGCCUUGCGCUUUACGGAGGAGCCCCGUUCAAUGUCGCGCAAGUACGAUGAUUUUGGCGUGCGAUCCAAGCCGAAGCCGACUGAGGAGAAGAUGAAACCCCGCACCCCCAUGAGCAGCCAGCGAGCGGCCAAGGAGCUUCGUGAGACGACCAAACUGAAGCAAGCCGACCGGGCCAAGCAACGGGACCGCGAGCGCCGUCGCCAAGCGUCCGCCAAGUAUGAGGCAUACGACUCUUAUGCGGAGUCGGACAGCGCCUCUGAUUCCAGUGACUCCGACGUGUACGUGCGUCUGAAGCGGCCGACACGCCGGUCGCGUGAGUCCCGUGAGCCACUGGAAUCGCGAGCCCGGCCAACAGAAUCCGCGCGGCAUCAUGGUCGUGCCUACGAGGAUGACGAGGACGAUGAGCUUGCCGGCCGAUUUCACAACAAGCUGGAUAGCUGGCAUCACUUGGCGGAGGAGCAUAUCCAGCGCUCGAAGUAUGAAGGUCCGCGAAGCUCGCGGUCCCCACAGCGCCACCGUGGUUACGAGUCGGCCGAACCGGAGGCGAACAUGGCGCGGCGCGCGGCUCGGUCCUCCCGCUCCACCCGGAAUCAGUCAACCUCGCGACACAACUCCUAUGAGCACCUGGAACCCUCGCGGAGAGACCGCGAGGAAUUCAAGGCUCCCAAGAUGCCCAGUUCAUCCACCUCCCCCGGCUACAAGUCCUCCAUUCGCCCAUCGCUGUUCGGAGCACGCGCUACCACUUCCACGGGUUUCACCCGCCCCAAGCGCGAGAAUUCCAGUCGCGAGGAGCCGGACCUGGAGAAAAUGGUCCGCGAACCAGUCCCUCCACGGUCCACACGACGCUACGACUCCGGCUACUCUAGCCCCAGCACUCCCGAGAUGGCCCCGAGAGGCACCUCGCCUAAGACCACCACCUCCCGCUACAAGAUUGUGGACCCUGUGAUCAUCGAACCUUCGCCGAAAUCCUCCAAGUACCGCUCCAUAUCCCCUGAACGGAGUCGAAUGGGACCCAAGCGAGCCAGCACAUUUGCCGCCGACUCCCCCCGCGUCGAGGUCCGCUCUGUGCGACCCGUGCGGCAGUACGAGGAUGUCGAGUAUACUCCUCGUCCUCGGGCCCAGGAUAUCAAGUACGCUCGUGAGAUCCGGCCCAGCGACGCACAGGUCUCGCCCGGCCGAUCUCACUACUACACCGACCACCGCCAUCCUCCACCGGGCAGACGUCAGUCUGCCUUCGCAUAA